AUGAACCUGUCUCGAUCCGCUUAUGUUCCUCCUCACAUGAGAAGUCAGCAGCGGGCUGUUUCUUCUCCUUCUCCUUCUCCUUCUCCAGCUCCCAGUAGAAAUGGCUGGAAUGAUUCUCGUGGAGGAACUCCUCUUUCAAGAGGUGGACCUGCCGAUAGAGGUAGAGGCGGUGGAUCUUUCUCGACUAAUCGCGGUGGAGGGGGAGGACAAGGCUGGGGUGAACGUACUCCCUCCCAAAAUUGGAGCAGCACUCCCCGUGACCAACCCAAAGAAAACCAAAUGUUCGGCUAUGGCGCUUGGAAAGACGGCAAACACAUUGUCGGCGGUCGUAAUAUGCGCAUGGAGAAGGAGAUUUACGGCGAAGCUGAUGAUCCCUCCAAGCAACAUACCGGUAUCAACUUUGAAAAAUACGACGAUAUUCCCGUCGAAGCUACCGGUGCUGACGUCCCAGAGCCUGUCACAUCUUUCACUAGUCCUCCUCUUGAUCCAGUCUUGUUGGAAAAUAUUACUUAUGCUCGUUACACAACCCCCACUCCCGUUCAAAAGUAUUCUAUUCCCAUCGUUGCAAACGGGAGAGAUCUGAUGGCUUGUGCGCAAACUGGUUCGGGAAAAACUGGAGGUUUUCUUUUCCCUAUACUCUCGGCUUCUUUCACUAUGGGACCGCGCGCUGUCAUCGGCGAGCCUACGGGCUACGGUGGACGUCGUAGGGCUACUCCCACGGCCCUCAUUCUUGCUCCCACUCGUGAACUGGUCUCCCAGAUUCAUGACGAGGCUCGUAAAUUUGCUUACCGAUCCUGGGUUCGUCCGGCUGUUGUUUAUGGUGGUGCCGAUAUCUCUCAGCAAAUCCGCCUAAUCGAGCGAGGCUGUGAUCUCCUCACUGCCACACCUGGACGUCUUGUGGAUCUUAUUGAGCGCGGCAAGAUCAGUUUGGCCAAUGUCAAGUACUUGGUUCUUGACGAGGCUGACCGUAUGCUUGAUAUGGGUUUCGAGCCCCAGAUUCGCAGAAUCGUUCAGGGUGAAGAUAUGCCCGGUGUUCACGACCGUCAAACCCUCAUGUUCAGUGCUACUUUCCCUCGUGAUAUCCAAAUUCUCGCCAAAGACUUCCUCAAAGACUACGUUUUCUUAAGUGUUGGUCGUGUCGGAAGUACUUCCGAGAACAUCACCCAGAAGUUCGAGUAUGUCGAGGACAACGACAAGAGGAGUGUUCUAUUGGACAUCCUUAACUCUCACUCCAACGAAAGCGCUGGUCUUACUUUAAUCUUUGUGGAGACGAAGCGCAUGGCGGAUAUGCUAAGCGACUUCCUGAUCCACAAUCAAUGGCAUGCUACCUCCAUUCACGGAGACCGUACUCAGCGGGAACGUGAGAUGGCCCUUCAAACUUUCCGUAACGGACAGACCCCAAUCAUGGUUGCUACCGCCGUCGCUGCUCGUGGAUUGGACAUACCCAACGUGACACAUGUUGUCAACUAUGACCUGCCUUCUGAUAUCGACGAUUAUGUUCACCGUAUUGGCCGUACUGGACGUGCUGGUAACACUGGUGUCAGCACUGCCUUCUACAACAAGGGUAAUAAAAACAUCGUGAAGGAAAUGGUUGAACUCCUCCGAGAAGCCAAUCAAGAGAUUCCUGGCUGGCUUGAGGUGAGCGCUCAUGAGGCUUCGUUCGGUGGCUCCUUCCGUGGCCGUGGCCGUGGACGUGGCCGUAGUGGUGGUCGUGACUACCGUGCUGGUGGUGGCAGCAGCUACGGUGGAGGUGGAGGUGGAUAUGGUAACCACACUAGUCAUAGCACCUCUGGUGGGGGCUAUGGUGGCCGCGCAGGAGGACCUCCUUCCUACGGCAGUGGAGGUGGGUACGGUGGAGGAUACGGUGGAAGCUCUGGUGGUGGAGGUGGAGGCUGGUGGUAA